CAAUCAUGUUUUUUUUUUAUUACUUUAUAAGGUGGCGCGGUUAAUGUCGGCUAUAAAGACACUUCCAUAACAACGAUUCUAUUCUUCACCUUUUAUCUUGCUUCAAAUGACUUCUUCUUCUUCCUAGUUCCAGUUUAUUCCUUAAUUUUCACACAAGAUUUUCGCGAGGUACAAUAUAAAGCUGGUGGAGGAAGAGAUGAAUUUCCUUAUCAUAUCUGUGAGUGACAUGUUUAGCCUUUUAAAAGAAAAGACACAUUUUCUAAAGUUAUCGAAAUAAAUCGGUGAAAUUCUUCAAGUUAUGGAGGACAAUGAAAGUUUUGAAGAGAAGUCCCUUUCAAAUGGUGAUGUCUACAUUGGCCAAUUCAAGGGUCUACAUCCCCACGGCAACGGAAAGUACACAUGGUCAGACGGAACAAUAUACGAAGGAGAUUGGAUCGAGGGAAAGAUGACUGGGAAAGGACUAAUUACAUGGACAUCAGGAUCAAAGUACGAGGGUGAAUUCUCGGGGGGUUUCCUUCACGGUCAAGGCACAUUUACAGAAUCGAAUGGUUGUGUUUACACAGGCGGAUGGAGUAUGGACGCACAUCACGGGGUCGGACGAAAGGUCUAUUGGAAUGCAAAUAACUACGAUGGUUUAUGGAAAGAAGGAAUUCGCGAAGGCUGUGGGAAAUUUACUUGGAACAACGGAAGUGUCUACAUUGGAAACUGGAAGAAAGGGAAAAUAGACGGAAGAGGGAUUAUGAAGUGGUAUAAUGGUGAUAUUUUCGAUGGUUUUUGGUUAAAUGGACUUAGAGAAGGAUCUGGAGUUUAUCGAUUUUCGGAUGGAGGACUUUAUAUUGGAACAUGGAGUAUGGGCCUAAAAGACGGAAAAGGAGUGUUCUAUCCCGUUGGGAGCAAACAACCGUCUCUAAAGAAAUGGUGUAGCAUUUUUAAUAACGAUAUUAACAGUUUUAAGGUUCCGAAUCCAAGAAUUACCCGUAGUCUCUCUGAUAAACCUCGAGCCAGAGGUAUGAAGAAAAUUUCGCGUCAUUUAUCGCUUAGGACUUCAUUGUUGGAUGCAAAUUGGGAACAUCAAAAUAGUUCUGAAGACUGUAUAUGCCGUGAUUCCUCGUCCGCGUUAUCACAGACCGCUAAUGAAGGUCAAUCGGAAGCAUCUACUGUGAGUAAUAUGGUUUAUGAGAGGGAAUAUAUGCAAGGAGUUCUACUUGUGGAGAGACUUAGGAAAUUUUCCGAAAUACCGCAGAAUAAGAUCAAAAGGCAAAAUAAAUUUAGUGUGAAGCAAGUAAAAAAGAAUUCAUUUGUGGGCAAACUUCAAAACCGCCGAAGCUAUUACCUGAAGCUUAAUUUGCAGCUCGGCAUCAGAUACACUGUAGGAAAAAUUACACCAGUUCCUGCACGUGAAGUUCGGUCGUCUGAUUUCGGAGAACGAGCUAGGAUAAGGAUGUACUUUCCCAAAGACGGUUCACAAUUGACUCCUCCACACUCUUCUUUAGACUUCUAUUGGAAAGAUUACUGCCCUAUGGUCUUCAGGAAUUUGAGGGAGAUGUUCAAAUUGGACGCUGCGGAGUACAUGAUGUCUAUUUGUGGAGACAGUGGUCUAAAGGAUAUAACUUCUCCAGGAAAAAGUGGCAGCAUAUUCUUCAUUUCUCACGACGAUAAAUUUGUGAUAAAGACACUAAAAAAGUCUGAGCUAAAGGUUCUGCUCAAUAUGCUUCCUAAAUACUACCAUCAUGUAGGAAGUUAUGAAAAUACGCUCAUUACAAAAUUCUUUGGGAUCCAUCGAAUAACACUCAUAGGUGGGAAAAAGGUACGGUUCGUUGUCAUGGGAAAUAUGUUUUGCACGGAACUUCAUAUCCACCGUCGUUAUGAUCUGAAGGGGUCUUCUCAAGGAAGAUAUACAACCAAAGAAAAAAUUAACAGCGACGCAACAUUGAAAGAUCUUGAUCUAAAAUAUGAAUUUCAUAUGGAUAAAAUAUUGCGAGAAUCCUUGUUCAAGCAAAUUUCUCUAGACUGCACGUUCUUGGAAUCUCAGCACAUAAUUGAUUACAGUCUUCUGUUGGGAUUACAUUUUAGAGCUCCAGAGAAUCUAAAGGCAUUCGUCGAAACUCCCGGAUCAAUACCGCGCCAGACUAGUUUACCUUCUCCAAUUGGUCCAAUCAAACAAGCGGAUCAGUUGAUCAUCCCUAAAGGGUUAUUAUUAGUCGCGCACGAGCCCAGCUUUGUCAAGAGCACGCCCGGACCUCACAUACGAGGAAAUCCAUUGCGAGCAUACUCCAUCGGUAACAGGGAAGCCGAUCUUUUACUUCCCGGUACUGCAAGGUUGCAAGUGCAAUUAGGAGUGAACAUGCCAGCUCAAGCUAUAAGCUUAAUUCAAGAUGAUAAGGUGGAAGAAUCAGAAGUAGAGCUUUUUGAGGUCUAUGAUGUGGUACUCUACAUGGGAAUAAUUGAUAUAUUGCAAGAAUAUAAUAUCAAAAAGAAAAUUGAGCAUACAUACAAAUCAAUAAAGUUUGAUCCCUUAACUAUAUCAGUAACAGAUCCUAAGGUUUAUGCUGAACGUUUUAUCAGUUUCAUGGAUAAAAAAGUUUUCCGGGAAACACCUUGAGUGUGAUGUAUAUUUGUUAUCUUUUCUCUUUGUAAUUAAUUGUUCCAAAUGAUUAAUGGAAUAUUGGAUUUUAUUA